ACAUUGGAUUAGCUAUGAACUUGUUGAGUUCAUAGAUGGCUUGACUGUUUUGAUGGAUUAUAUUAAAAAAUGACUGGAACUGCUGAAUUCUGAUGGUGCUUUUCAUUUUGUGUGAUGCUUUACCAGCUCAACCAUUCUUCUUAGUAGAACUUCCAAUAAAUAAGCUGCCUAUCAAGUCUCCAAAUAUCACUGCUUCCUUCAAAACAAUGGGAGCUGUUAAAUUAGACCUUCGUUGUCCCCUAGGAGCGGAGGGCAUUGCUGCUGAACCUGAGCCAGAUUGGACUUUUGAUGCUCUAAUAUCGGAGCUUAAUGCCUUGGAGAUGAAACUCACUACUUCUUGUACUGAUCCUUUUCCAACUAAAUCAAUAUACAGUGGGAAUGAAGUUGAGAGAGGUGGACCUUUCAUAUUGCAUGCCCCUGAGUAUGAGAUGGAGGACACAGAGACUGAAGAUGAGCAGGACGAAACUGCAGAGGCUGGCACACGAUUUGGCUGCAAUGAGCUCUACCUAAGUGAUAGUGAUAAUUCUGACAUUGUUCCAGCAUUCGAAGAGCAAGGUUACUUGAUGGAUGAAGUGGGAGAGGUGGAAGGUGCCUUAAUAGAACUGACUCAUGAACACCAGCUUCGGGUUAAGGAUGACAUUAGGAAUCAGAUCUCAGCACUGGAAACAGCUCUGAUGAAUGAAACCGAGAAGUCUGCUUCUGCUUUUCUCCAAGUAGAGAAAUAUAAAGAAGCAAGACAGGAAUUAGAUAAAAAGUUUGAUACCCAAUAUCAGCGAAGGAUCGCAGAAGCACUUGAUAAUCACUUGACAGCUGUUCAGCAGGACCGGGAGCUUAGAUCACAAAUAGAGGAAAGAAAAAUAAGAAGUGACGCCGCAUAUGAAGAGGCCAAAAGAAAGGAGAAGGCUAUACAAGAGGAAAAAUUACGACAAGAGAAGGCUAAAGCUAAAGCUGAAGCUGAGGCAUUUAGAGCUGAGGAAGCAAAACGAGCUGCACUGGAAGCUGAGAGAAGAGCAGCAAUGGAAGCUGAAAAAAGAGCUGCAAAAGAAGCCAUGGAGAAGAAUGCUAUAGAAAGUUCAAAAAGGAUUACAUCUGAAGGCUUGCAACUAGAAGCUACAGCACGAAUAGAUGGUGCAUCUAGCCUAUCAAAAGCUGAAUCCAAGGAAUCUGGGUACACAUAUCGAGCAGCAGAUAGUGCUUUAAAACUGGAGGGUCAGAGGCUACAGAAACUGAAAGAGCUUUAUGAGAGAAACCAAGCAAUACGUUCAAGUUCCAAGGAUUUUACCCAAAAGGAAAGUCAUAUUGCCAGAUUGAUAAGGCAAAUAAGGGGAAUAGCAGACAAUGUCAGGUCAAAAGCAGGCGAUCUUAUAAAACUUUUGAAUGAUUCUCAAUGUCCUCAAUCCAUCAGCACAGAAAUAUUUGCUCGAAAGGUUGUUUCCUACUGUGAAAACCCUGGUAAUGCUGCCUUUGCAAGUGGUUACGUCAUUGUUCUUGUUACCUCUCGGGUCCCACAUGCUAUGGAUCUUUUGCUAGCUGAGUUCCAUAGAGCCUGCAUCUACACUGUUCCAAAGCACAUCGUUUACAAAAAGUCCACCUUUGAAUCAAAAGAAGCAUACUUUAAAAGUAUCGGUUACCGGGAAUAUGAUGGGAAAAUAGAGAGUACAGAAGAUUAUUUAAAGCGUCUAGAAUCUUACAUCAAGGUGUACGGUGCACUAGUUCAGACUGAAAUUCCAAAUGUUCAGAAUUUACAUGGGUUGCAAGAAGGUUGGGCAUGGCUUGCAAGGCUUCUGAAUAACCUCCCAGCUAAUAAAUACACUGCUGUUUCGCUCAAUGCAUUCCUGCAAAUGGCAGGAUUUGGCCUCUAUAGAAGAUACAAAUCUCAAUUCUUGAAGAUGCUGAAGGUAAUCUCUGAUAACUUUUUGGUUGAUCUGAAACAAAAAGAACCGGAGCUGACCAGGAUUAUUGUGGAGAUACAAUCUUAUAUUGAAGAUAAAAAGUUCCUUAAAGAGCCAGAAGGAAGGAGCUUGCAAACUAAUUUAUUAUCAAGUAUAAUGAGGGCUUAGAUCCGGAAAAAUCAUAUAGUUAGUUAAGUUUUUUUGGUCAGAUCCCAUAAAGCAAGCCAUUGGUUGUAACUUGUAAGUGAUGCUAUGUUUUAACAUGGGAUCUGUAAUAGAGAAGAAAGCCGAAGAUAUCAUGUAGUCAUAGCAUUUCUAAUUUAAUUGUGAUUAUGCUAAAGCAUAGAUAUGAUGGACAAUCAAUCGAAGUGGAGAAUGAAUGAUCAAAUGUUAAGAUAUACUCAAAGAAAUAGGGAAUAUAAAGAAAUCGUUCUU